UCAAAAGAUAAGAAAAAAACUACCUAGUACAUUUCGUGAUCUGCUCCAGAAUGCCAACUUCCAUAACCGUUUUGGGGACAAGAUCCACCUGGCCUGCCGAUACGACCGUUUCGCGCGUCUCGGGGCCGUUUCCUUCAACGUUUGCCGUCUUUCUUUUUAAUUCCUUGAAAUCUUGAAAUUGCAGUUUGCAAACUUUGAGAUCAUCAAAGUUUCGCAUUCCCAUGCAAUUUGAGCUUUCCUACGCAUCUUCUGCGAGCACACUCCAAUCACCGUUUCUUUAAGCCUUCGACCCCUUUGGAACUUUCCCUUGACGUAUUCUGCAGAAAGUUUUCGAUUCGUUUUCUUGUUCUUGAAAUUUCCCGCGAGAGCAUAGAGAGUUUCCGCUGCAUCAGCGAGAUUUUGAGAAAUGAAGAUGGGAGAACGCGGAGCACACAGUUCAAUGGACAUAUCAGUUUUGAUACCAUUGAUAGCGGCGAUUUCGAUUAUGACAGUCGCCGUAGAUGCAGCAGACACAAAUCUUGUUUUCGAUCCGUGCUCGGACACGAAAAUCCAGAAAAGGGAUGGGUUUACCUUCGGCCUUGCCUUCUCCACGAAGGAAUCGUUCUUCUUUCAACAGAUUCAGCUUUCGCCCUGUGAUCAGCGACUUCCUCUAGCAGGCUCUAAUGCUCAGCUUGCAGUUUUCAGGCCAAAAGUGGAUGAGAUCUCUCUGCUCACCAUCAACAGCAGCACAUUCAACCCGGCAAUGUCAGGAGGAUAUAUGGUAGCCUUCGCUGGACGUAAGUAUGCUGCAAGAUCAUUGCCAGUACAAGUGGCCGAUUUCACGCACACAAUAACCAGUUUCACUUUGGUCCUUGAGUUCCAGAAAGGUACGCUCCAAAACUUGUACUGGAAGAAGUUCGGGUGCGAUUCGUGCUCCGGGGAUUCCGCUGUUUGCCUCAACAACCAAGACUGUGCAGUAUCAAACUCCAAGUGUGGUCAUGCCGGGGCGUGCAACAUAGGCAUACAGCUCACGUUCUCGGGUACUGACAAGAACGAUGUUGUGCUCAACUCGUGGUACGAAGUAAAGAAUCUUCGCCGGUACUCUCUGUACGGCCUAUACUCUGAUCUUCGUGAUAGAAUCACCAGCCCAUACGAAAAUAUGUUCUGAGACUAAUCACUUGAUAGUGGAAACAGUGUAUAAGAACUAUCGACUCCGAGUCUCUGAUGAUUGGCUAUGUCAAUUGGAAAACAAAUAUAGUCAGCUCAACAGAAUGAGGAAUAAUGUGCAGGUCCGUCAAAUUCUCGUCUCUUAACUUCUCCAAGUAGAAGCCUACAACAACACGUACCAACCUCAUUGAUUUAAUUCAGAAAGUUACAAA